AUGGGUGCAUUUCUGGAUAAACCAAAAACUGAAAAACAUAAUGCUCAUGGUGCAGGGAAUGGCUUGCGUUAUGGCCUCAGCAGUAUGCAGGGAUGGAGAGUGGAAAUGGAAGAUGCUCACACAGCUGUUGUAGGUAUUCCCCAUGGCUUAGAGGACUGGUCCUUUUUUGCUGUCUAUGAUGGUCACGCGGGAUCUCGUGUUGCAAAUUAUUGCUCCACGCACUUACUAGAACACAUCACUAACAAUGAAGACUUUAGGGCGACAGAAAAACCUGGAUCUGCUCUUGAACCUUCAGUGGAAAAUGUCAAGAGUGGAAUCAGAACUGGCUUUUUGAAAAUUGAUGAGUAUAUGCGCAAUUUCUCAGACCUCAGAAAUGGGAUGGACAGAAGUGGCUCAACAGCAGUGGGAGUUAUGAUUUCACCUGAGCAUGUAUACUUUAUCAAUUGUGGUGAUUCACGUGCUGUUCUCUAUAGGAAUGGACAAGUCUGUUUUUCAACACAGGAUCACAAACCUUGCAACCCAAGGGAGAAAGAGCGAAUCCAGAAUGCAGGAGGCAGUGUUAUGAUUCAGCGUGUUAAUGGUUCAUUGGCAGUUUCUCGAGCUCUGGGGGACUAUGACUACAAAUGUGUUGACGGUAAAGGCCCUACAGAACAACUUGUUUCUCCAGAGCCUGAGGUUUGUGAAAUUUUAAGGGCAGAAGAAGAUGAGUUUAUCAUCUUGGCUUGUGAUGGAAUCUGGGAUGUAAUGAGCAAUGAAGAGCUCUGUGAAUUUGUUAAGUCUAGACUUGAAGUAUCAGAUGACCUGGAAAAAGUGUGCAAUUGGGUAGUGGACACUUGUUUACAUAAGGGGAGUCGUGAUAACAUGAGUAUCGUACUAGUUUGUUUUUCAAAUGCUCCUAAGGUCUCAGAUGAGGCAGUGAAAAAAGAUGCUGAGUUGGAUAAGUACUUGGAAUCGCGGGUUGAAGAAAUUAUGGAAAAAUCGGGUGAAGAAGGAAUGCCUGAUCUUGCUCAUGUUAUUCGUAUUUUAACUGCGGAGAAUAUCCCUAAUUUACCACCAGGAGGUGGUUUAGCUGGCAAGCGUAAUAUUAUUGAAGCUGUGUAUAGUAGGCUGAAUCCACACAGAGAGAAUGAGGGGGGUGCUGGAGAUCUAGAAGAUCCGUGGUAGCCUUACAAAUCUGCUAAAAUGAUUUUGGUUCUGAAAGGGGGAAAAAAACUUUUAAAUCUGUUUUCUUCAAUACAAGGGAAAAAUUCUGGUGGAUUUCCAACAUUUCGUGAAAUGGGCAGAAAGAUAUUAGAAUUUUCCAUCAUUGUUUAUUUUUGUGUUUUCUGAUAUUGCCACUCUUAGCAUUGCCUGUACUACAGUAUUUUUACCAGCCUCAGGCAUACUGAUUACAUCUGUAAUGAACUUUGGCCCUGAAAAGGAAGGAAGGAAGGAAUGAUUCUCUCAGCAAAUCGGUAUAUGUACCUGAGGCGCAUGGGAUUGUAGGUGUACUCAGAAGAUACACUAUGGCUAAAUGAAACGUGCGAGACACAAGCGUGAGAGAGUACGAGUCAUUGUUUGAGACGUUACUUAUUUCACUUUACCGAGUUGGAAGGCUUUGCAGCUCUGUGGCUUGGGAGUAAUUUCAAUUGGGCAAUAUGCUAUCAGAUGUGUAUUUUAUUUUUUUUUUUUAAUUUUCCAGUUUUUCCUGUAUUACCAGACCGUUAGGUUUCCCUGCGGUGUCCAAAUUUUGUGAUAUGUUGCCUACUGCUUGCUUGAAGAUAAGUGUAUUUGGCAAUAAUAUAUGAAGAUUCUAGGCAUCUAAAAACAGUAAGAAUUUUACGCAUGUGUACAACACACCCUUAAACUCUUGCUAGAGAAAAUCUUUUAAAACCAAACUGAUGAAUUUAUAGUUAGUAGUGACUUGCUUUGACAUCUCUCACAGCUGCAGGUUUUUUAAAAAAUGCUGAAAAUUUGCCUUUAUUACAAUGUAAAUUGUGAUUUUUUUUUUUUGUUCUAUAUGUGGUUUUCUAUAGUUUUCUGAUUUUUUUUUUUCAGCUUAAGAUACAGACAGAAGUCUUGUGUAAUAUGGGUAUAAUUUUUAUUGUUUGCAUUAUUUUCAAAGUUCAAAUUAUCACUUUGAGAUUACUAUAAAUACACUUAAAAUUAUCUAUUUUAAAUUAAGAAAAUAUUAGAGAUAUUUUCAUGGGUUCAAUGACCUUUCAUUUUAUAAGCAAUGGGCAUGGUACAGAGUGGCUGUCACGUAAGGUACUUGAAGAUUCUUAGUUUAAUUCUAUUUUUGCAAUAACCUUGACUUUUUUUCUGACUUCUUUGAGUUGUGCAUGUAAUGAGUCCAGUAAAUGCUGAAAAUGGGGAAGAUUAAAGUAUUUAUCUAAAAUAAAAGCUAUUGGGGAGGGGAAACAAUGAAUGUAUCCAUCUGUACAUGAUUUACAUGCUGUGGAUGCCUUGUAAACAUUUUCCUAUUUGUUUAAACUGUGUUUCAGCGAGGAUGUAAUUGCCCUUGUGUGUAGUUUUAAGCUAAUGACAGUCAUCAACUGGUUUUGUGUGAAAUGGAAUUCAUGGUAUUUUUCUGUAACUUUAUCCCCAUGGUCAGUCUGUAAAAACCACACGCUCUUUCAUACUGGUGCCGAAGGCCAGCUUUCCCCUUCAUUUUGAUUCACUGUGUAUCUGACUUUUUUUUUUUUGGUCUAGAGAGGAUUAUUGCCACAGUAUAUUUUAUUUAUUCAUUAGAUUUUAGCCUUGUAAGUUAAAGUGUUCUAAAUGAUGAUGUUAACAGGUAUUUGUCCCUUUACUGUUUUUUUGGGGGUUGUUAAAAGAUAGGGAAUGAAGAAUGCAAAAUGGUUUAUUGUUCAGACUGUCCGCUCUGGUCCAACCCUGUACUGAUAGUACCUUCCCAGUAUGAUAUUGUGAUGUUUCAUACAAUACAGUGAACAUAACCAACUUGUUAUCUUCAAUAAAGGAUUGCUAAAACAGUG